AUAAUUCUUUGUUUGUAAUUAGGUACUAGUUCUGACUCCAACCAGAGAAUUGGCAAUGCAGGUUGCCAGAGACUUCAAAGAUAUUACAAAGAAACUUACCGUGGCUUGUUUUUAUGGAGGAACAGCGUAUAAUGGACAGUUGGAUCUAAUUAGAAAUGGCAUUGACAUCCUCGUUGGGACUCCUGGUCGAAUAAAAGAUCACCUCCAAAAUAAUAAAUUGGACUUUUCUAAAUUGAAACAUGUUGUCUUGGAUGAAGUUGAUCAGAUGUUGGAUAUGGGAUUUGCUGAACAAGUAGAAGAAAUCUUAGUGAAUUCUUAUAAGAAGGAUUCCGAAGAUAAUCCACAGACACUCUUGUUUUCUGCAACGUGCCCUCAGUGGGUUUACAAUGUAGCAAAGAAAUAUAUGAAAUCCAAAUAUGAGCAAGUUGAUCUUAUUGGAAAGAAGACUAAAAAAACUGCUAUGACUGUAGAGCAUUUAGCCAUCGAAUGUCAUUGGUCCCAAAGAGCUGCAGUGAUUGGAGAUGUCAUUCAAGUCUACAGUGGGAGUCAUGGACGAACCAUCAUAUUUUGUGAGACAAAAAAAGACGCAACUGAACUGGCUCUUAAUGCCUCAAUCAAACAGGAUGCACAAUCUUUACAUGGUGAUAUUCCACAAAAGCAGAGAGAGGUCACUUUGAAAGGCUUCCGUAAUGGAGCGUUUGGAGUACUGGUUGCAACUAACGUGGCUGCCCGCGGCUUAGAUAUUCCAGAAGUUGAUCUGGUGAUACAGAGUUCCCCACCAAAGGAUGUAGAGUCUUACAUUCAUCGCUCUGGACGCACAGGCCGAGCUGGACGGACUGGGAUCUGUAUCUGUUUCUAUCAGCGCAGGGAAGAUUAUCAGCUGAAACUUGUAGAACAAAAAGCGGGCAUUACAUUUAAACGUGUAGGUGUUCCUACAGCAACAGACAUAAUUAAAGCUUCCAGCAAAGAUGCAAUCAGAUCUUUGGAUUCUGUUCCUCCAUCUGCCAUUGACUACUUCAGACAAUCUGCUGAACAGCUAAUAGAAGAAAAGGGGGCCGUGGAAGCUCUGGCUGCAGCCCUGGCUCAUAUCUCAGGAGCUACCUCUCUUGAACAGCGCUCUUUGCUCAACUCUGAUGCGGGUUUUGUGACCAUGAUACUUCAGUGCUCGGUUGAAAUGCAUGCUGCUGGUUAUGCUUGGCGGGGUCUGAAAGAACAAUUGGGUGAGGACAUUGACAACAAAAUAUCCAGACUGUGUUUUCUCAAAGGAAAAAUGGGCGUAUGUUUUGAUAUUCCAAAAGCUGAAUUAAAUAAAAUAAAGGAAACCUGGCAAGAUACAAGACGCUGGCAACUUUCUGUAGCAACAGAAUUGCCUGAGCUUGAAAAUUCACCACGGGAGGGAGGCAGAAAUGGAGGCUCGGAUUUCAGGAAUGGAAGACGAAAUGGUGGUUUUAACAGGCCUGAUCGAUUUAGAAAUAGGGGCCAAAAACGGAGCUACAACCAAGCUUUUUGAUAAUUUGUUAAUAUGUCAAAAUGGGACUCGAACCUUGUUUUACUAUAAGUAAAAUUAAUUUACACUUUAUUUAUUAGCCUGGAUGUGUCUCGUUCAUUCAAUUUGGGCUGCAAAAGUUCAGAUUGAAAAGAUUAUUUAAGCACAAGGACUGCUACCCUGCCACAAUUAGUUGCAGUGCCCCAAUAUCUUGGGCUCAAGUAAAUUUCUAGCCUUUGGAGGUUGGUAGCACAUUAGAAAUGUUGAGAAUAUGUUGUGGAUGCUCCCUAGACUUCCCCCCCUCCCCCAUUCUCUGUAUUAUUUACUUUUUCCAGAUCAUUAAGGAUUUCUAAACCUUAUUGAAACCAUGAUCUACACAGUCAUCCAUUCUUCUUGCUUUUUAAGAAAGCUUUUGCGGAUCAGUUCAUAUCAAAUUUCAAAUUCUUGAAAUUGAGAUUUGUUCAUUCAGUUGGCUUCCCUUUUUUUAAAAUACUGCUAUUUAGUUAAAUCAAAGCCACGAGUUUGGAAAGUGGUUAGAUGUUAAAUGAAUUAACCUAAAGGGCAUAUGUGACAGAAAUAAGACAGAAAUAAGCAACUGAAUAUCAUUCUAAAAACAUUUUCCUAUGUAUCUGGAAAAGUGCAUUCGAUGAUUUUUUUUUUUUGCAUAUGCCCUAACAUGGAGGAAGGAGACAAUCCGCAUUCAACUUAAAUUGAAAUUGCAGAAUUUGAAAUUGUAUUAUUGUUUUAUUUUUUCUAGAAUACAUUCCUUUACUGGUAUAAGUAAACAUCGACUAUUUUAUUGAAAA